AUGACAACCACCUUUCUUGAUCUGUCUCCAAGCUUGGUGCUGCAAAGCUUCUUCGAGGCCAGAAGGGCUGCCGAGGCCAAUAGAGAAAGAGAAAACAAUGCUGCAAUUCUUAUUCAAAAAACCUAUCGGAGAUGGAUUGUGCGAAGUGCUUUUUUAAAGUAUCGACAUCAGGUUAUAACGAUACAACGAGUGUUUAGAGGAUAUUUGUAUGGCAGAAAACUCAAGCGACAAUUGUUAGCAGAAAGAAACAAGCAAGAGAGAGAACAAUUCUAUCAUUACUGUGCAUCACAAAUCCAAAGAAUUUAUCGAGGAUAUCAUGUUCGUAAAUAUGUACACAAUUUUUACAAGAGAAAAGAGUAUUUGGAGUUUGUACAACAACAAAAUGCAACAGUGAGCGAAUAUGUGGAGCAAUAUCGAAAAAUCAGAGAGGAAGAAAUCGCUGAUGAAAAGGAAAAGACCGAUUUCAAACGAUUUCAAGAAUUAUCGAAAUCUUUGCACCACCUUGUCAGUACAAAAACCAUUCCUGGUGUCUACAAACCUAACCAUAGAUAUAUUUCAGAAGAGACAGUGUAUGGAAUUCCUGUUGAGGAUCAACUGAGAUAUGUGGCCAAAAUAGAAUACAUCAACACACUUUCAAAGAGUAGGGCUGUACCAAUCAACAGUACACUGAAAUCAACUAGCAACACUGAGCUCAAAUCCAAUCCCUCCCUCACUUAUUUAUAUCCAGAUCAAUUAAAGACGAGUACAUCUGGUAGUAGUACCAUUGAAAAGGAGAAUUCCAUUCCUGCCAUUGACCAACGAGACAAAAUGCGACUAAGAGACAAACGAUACGGACCCUUUAAAUUGCCAGAAGAUCUGUCAACCAUAAAGAACAAGACCUAUGAUAGAAGUAUUCAGAACGCAUGUAAAUAUGACCUUGAUAAGGAAGUCAACAGAUUUGACAACAUGGUCGAAAAACAAACACGAGUAUCAACACAAGAAUAUAUUACAUACAAAAAACCAACUCAAAAGAUCCUUGGAGAAACUGUUACAGGUUCAGGACAGUUCAAACCACCAGUACGAGCCGUAACACGAAAGGACGAAAAAGACAAACAUUUAGGCUCUGCAUUCAAACCAACAAUCACCAAACCUGGUGUAUUCGACUCUUCAACAAUACCUUUUGUAGCCACAACCGUGCCCUAUGCUUAUAGUAAAAGGUGA